UGGGCGGACUUGAGUGGAACAAAGAUGGCGGUGCAGGUGGUGCAAGCUGUGCAGGCGGUUCAUCUUGAGUCUGACGCUUUCCUAGUUUGUCUCAACCAUGCGUUGAGCACAGAAAAGGAGGAGGUGAUGGGUCUAUGUAUAGGGGAGUUGAAUGAUGAAAUAAGGGGUGACUCCAAAUUUACAUACACUGGAACUGAAAUGCGCACAGUUGCAGAAAAGGUGGAUACCAUCAGAAUUGUUCACAUCCAUUCUGUCAUCAUCUUGCGACGUUCUGACAAGAGAAAGGACCGUGUAGAAAUUUCUCCCGAGCAGCUGUCUGCAGCCUCAACAGAGGCAGAAAGGUUGGCUGAAUUAACAGGUCGUCCUAUGAGAGUUGUUGGCUGGUAUCAUUCCCACCCUCACAUAACUGUUUGGCCUUCCCAUGUUGAUGUUCGUACACAAGCCAUGUACCAAAUGAUGGAUCAAGGCUUUGUAGGACUUAUCUUUUCCUGUUUCAUAGAAGACAAAAACACAAAGACUGGUCGGGUACUCUACACUUGCUUCCAAUCCAUACAAGCCCAAAAAAGCUCUGAGUAUGAGAGAAUUGAAAUACCAAUCCAUAUUGUACCUCAUAUCACUAUUGGGAAAGUAUGCCUUGAAUCAGCAGUAGAGCUGCCAAAGAUCCUGUGUCAGGAAGAACAGGAUGCAUAUAGAAGGAUUCACAGCCUUACACAUCUGGACUCAGUAACCAAGAUCCAUAAUGGCUCAGUGUUUACCAAGAAUUUGUGCAGUCAGAUGUCAGCAGUCAGUGGGCCUCUACUGCAGUGGUUGGAGGACAGAUUGGAGCAAAACCAGCAACAUUUGCAGGAGUUGCAACAAGAAAAGGAAGAGCUUAUGGAGGAGCUGUCUUCCCUAGAAUAAAGCAGGAGAACAAAAAAUAUGUGAUAUAUCCUAUAUAAUGAGAUAAAGAAAGAAGAACACUUGGUAUUUCUAUUUUAGAGUUUGAUGUUUUUGCUAGGCAAGUGAAUCCUAUGUACUAUAGGAUUAAUGGAAAGACGUCCAGGUAGCUCAUUAGCAUCCACCUCUGUUGAUUAUUCUUACUUAGAAUCAUGUAUCAUGACUUCCUUCUUGAUCUCUAAAUAUGUAUUAUGAUAUAUCUAAAUUUUGGUCUGUGUGGUUGUCCUUUUAAGCAGACAAGUGAGUUCUAGCUUGUUUAAGUCUAAAGCAAAUUCUUGCUGAUCUUGUCUAAGAAUUCCAUUAUAAUAUGACCAUGUUUUUUUUUUUAAAGAAAUAGUAGGAUUGAUUUAAUUUGUAAUAGAAAUCAUACUUCAAAAAUGUGAUGACUGUAUGAUUCCUUCAUAUGUAACCACUAAUUGUAAAUGUGUCUUCAGAGAAGAGUUGAUUCUGUUGCAUCCUGGAAAGUAGGAAUUGGAAAAAGAAUAAAUAAAUAAAAAGAAAAAAAGGAGCUAGUAUCAGUUCCAACCACACUGAUA